AUGAGGGGGAUUGGUCCUGGUGCAGCCGAGUUCGGCUUCAUCUUUGAACGCAUCAUUCGGGAAAAUUGUUCCUCAGAGUACCAUUUCUACCUCACGGCACAGAAAAACCGCACCUACUGGUACGAAAUCUCCCGCUGGAUUGGAUCCGGCAGCACCGCGGCGCUCACCGCGCCGCUGAUAAACUGCGUGAUGGGCGCUUGCCCUGAAUACAUGAAGAACAACAUGGCAAGCGCCAGCGUGCUCCUAGGCCUGGCUCUCAUGAUUCUAGCCACCCUGGGAUCCGAGGUCGAUGAGACCCCUGUGUUAGCCGUGAUUGGGAACCGUCGGGUCGCCUGCCGUGCACUCGUAUUUGCUGCCACCACCAACGUCGGUACGCUAGGCUACCAACUCGGUCAGAAUGUUGUGCUUUCAUUCGCCCCCAACUUCGGGUACAUCAUCCUCCUGUGGUGUUUCUUCAGCCCCAUUGGCCACAUGAUCGCCGCCUGGGCGCUCCGUCUUCGUGUACACUGGUCUGGCCACACCUGCAUCGAGCAAUAUCGAAUCCCGUGCUUCUCGUCCUCCUGCGAUCAGCUAAAGACCUUUUUCGUCGGCUACACCUUGAAUCGACCUCCGCCGGAAAUUGAGCUCAAAAAGGAAACCCCGCUCUACGUACUCCUUUCCUGGAUCCUCUCCCUCUUUACUGCGGCCCAUGUCAUGUGUGGCACUCUCGUCUUCUCCAGCAUGGUGUUCAUCUCCGUCCGAGAUAGCGUCACGGUGAUUACCCGCUUCAUGGGCUCCGUGAUUGUUUGUCGGGUGGUGCCCAUGUAUGAGCUGGCCAAAUUGAGACAUCUCUAUAAUCUUCCUACAAGGGGGGAAGAGGGAGUUGAAAGGAAUGGCCAAAUUCAUUCGUCGGGUUAUCGACUAGCUAAUCUGGCACGUGGUUCGGAGAGUCGGCAGCAUUACGCUCCGCGGCGUUAUCGGCCAUACGGCGCACCGACAGCUUCCUAUUGGUUUUGA